UAAUGGCAAAGCUUCCCACGCUUAUAUAAAGAGUUGUUGCAAUGUCCAUUUUACACAAUUCAAUUCAGUUACAAGAAAUUGCAGUUUAAACAGCCAUUCUCUUUUGCCAAAACCAACUUUGAAAAUGGCACUGUCACUUAUAAUUGAGAAAGAAUUCGUUCAAACUUCAGAGAGAGUGAAAUCUGUGGAUCUACAUCCCACCAAACCAUGGAUUUUAGCCGCUUUGUAUUCUGGAAAUGUCUGUAUUUGGGACUACCAGUUACAGAAAAUAGAGAAGUCCUUCAAGGUCACUGAAUCACCAGCAAGGUCUGCAAAGUUCAUAGUGCGAGAAAACUGGAUUGUUGUUGGGGCUGAUGACGGAUUUAUUCGUGUAUACAACUACGAUACAAUGGAAAUGAUCAAAGAAAUCGAGGCACAUACUGAUUUCAUUAGGAGCCUGGCUAUUCAUCCAACCCUCCCGUUUAUUCUGUCAUCCUCGGAUGACAAGCUUAUAAAGCUGUGGGACUGGGAGAAGGGUUGGAUCUGCAGUAGGAUCUUCGAGGGCCAUGGACAUUAUGUGAUGCAAGUUGCAUUCAACCCCAAAGACCUCAAUACUUUUGCUAGUGCGUCACUUGACUGCACCAUAAAGAUUUGGAAUAUGGAUUCCGCUUCUCCCAAUUUUACAUUGGAUGCACAUGCGAAAGGGAUCAACUGCAUUGAAUUCUUCGUGGAUGCUAAUAAACCAUAUUUAAUCAGCGGUUCAGAUGAUUAUACUGCUAAGGUAUGGGACUAUGAAACAAAAAGCUGCGUCCAAACGCUAGAAGGCCAUACACAUAAUGUCACUGCGAUAUGUGGCCACCCAGAGCUUCCCAAUAUAAUUACUUGUUCUGAGGACGGAACUGUAGGUGUAUGGGACACGAAAAGUUACAGGCUUGAGAAAACGUUGGAAUAUGGUCUUGAAAGGGUCUGGACUGUUGCUUACAUGAAAGGUUCUAGCAAAGUCGUCUUUGGAUGCGAUAAGGGGACGAUUGUGGCCAAAAUUAGUAGCUCUCUUGGCUCGGAUUCUGCCAUUGUUUGACGCGAGGAAGGAGUACUGACUUGCAUUGUCUAUCUUCAGCUUGAAGAUACAUAAUUAAUACAUCUACUGGCUUUUAUGCCCCUCGAAUUAUUAGCAUUUACAAGGAAUAAAGGCUUCUUUGGGCUUGUAAUUAAUACGCCAUUCUUAAUCUCCUCGGUUUGUCGUGUUUUAAUUAGCUAGUGCUUGUAGUGUGGUUAUAUAAAUUCCAAAGAAGAAAUGGCAUAUUUUUGUAUUCAUUUAUAAUGGAAUAAGAUUGAUGGUCCAAUGUGCAAAUGCAUUUUGAU